AUGCAGGUCGCUUCUCCGCUGCGGCUGGGUGCACUUCCCGGUGCCGCGGUGACUCGGGAGCUUGAAGCCAUCUUGCACAUCUGCUCCCUCGAGAGAGAUCUUCACUUCGAAGACCUCCUUUCUGCGUUUGCCUGUGCACCCGACCCAGCAUUUCGUCUUCGACAAACUCGGCGAAAUCCGAGCUGCUCGAAUUGGCUAUCGCUGCCACACAAUCCCGCUUUGCAAGCAGAACCACCACCCACGUUGGAUCCCCCAAGCAACACCAUCGACACCAUCUCGUUGCAGGCGCUUAAACCAAGCCUGACGGAUCUUGGUAACAUUUUCGGCAACCCUGACGCCGGUUUGUUUCUGACCACGUACGACCCUUCUGAUACAUCCGUACCGAUGACCGGCAUGGCCCGACACGGCUCCGUCGGUGCCUUCAGCGGGUUCUCCGUUUGCCAACCGGCACUCGGAGCUUCCCUGCAGUGGCUCCCCGCGAUUGGCACCGCGGAACUCGACGACAUGAUCAACGCCUUUCUUCCUGGCCCCGCCUCCAUCCAGGACAAGCGCGCCCACAUCUCCAUGGAUUUCUUUGAGUUCUCCCGGCAGACCGGCGAGAACUUCAAGUUCUACCCCGCUCCUUCGGGGUCCUUCACUCCGGUGGCUGCAUCGCCGGCCACCUCCGCCCUCUACGACUCGGGCUACGCAUCGAGCUUCAACCACUCUCCCGUCCUCUCCGACCAGGGCUCCUGGACCCAAUCUCCUGCGCCAUUUGCUCCGGCGGCCUCGGCGCCCAAGCCGCGCUCUUCUGCAUCCAAGAAGUCCAGCUCCUCCAGCUCGCGGCAGCAGGCAGUGGACUUUGCAAGCCACCCCGGCAUGCGCAUCCUCACCAAGGAUGGCCGCGAUGUCACUAACUCGGCUUCCCGGGGUUGCAAGACCAAGGAGCAGCGGGAUCACGCACACCUGAUGCGGAUCAUCAAGGCGUGCGACGCGUGCAAGAAGAAGAAGAUCCGCUGCGACCCCAGCCACAGGAAGCGGAACGCCUCGCAGUCUUCCGCGUCGCAAGCCGAGCAGAAGCCUGCGAAGAGGGCGAAGAAGACAGAAGAGCCAACCCCCGUAGCGGCGGUUAAUGCGGCAACCGAUUUCACUGCGGCAGACUCGGCAACCGAGUCCCUCUCCUUCCCAUCGUUGGACACCAGCUAUCCUCAAGACGCCGAGGAAUUCUGGAACGAAUUCGUCGCCCUCGACCAGGAGCCAGUCGAGAUGGCUCCCACGUCUGCGAUUGACGACUUCCUUUUCGACUCAUUCACCGACAUUCACAGCUUCUUCUCCCCGAGCUCUGGCUCAACCGCGACUUCGCCAUCCCAGAUCCUCACGCCAGUUACCCCAGGUCGCUCGGAGGCGUCGCCGGCCACCGCAUCCCAAUAUGCGGUUGGCGUUCCUGGCGAGUUCUCACUCGAGGACCCGGCUGUUCCCUAUCUGAACCCGGGGGUCGCCCAUGGCACCAACUACCUGGACUUCAACCUCUAUUCGCCGGGUCCUGAUGUCUUUGACGAAGACCCUCUUCUCCAGAUGAGGGAUCUCGGGAGCCAACAGCAUUCCCCGCAAUCGACCAGUUCCGUUGCCCAGCACUCACCUCAGAUCUCUCCCACAUCAACAUCUGCGGCUGUCUCUCGGACAACACCAACCGGCGAGUCAGACGGGGGUGAGAAUCACACAGCCACCACCGCGAUCCACGAUCUUGCCUGGUAUUAUGAUCCUGGGGAUACGCUCCAUGACAAACCACAGCCCAGCGCCCAUCGCUCACCCACCAACCCGCAGCUGAGCACCAAUCACAACAGGGUAAUAGAAGAUGGGGAUGGCGGCUAUAGUAGCCACAGGCGCGUUGACGGCGGCAACACGGACGCAUUUGCUACUUCGUCCGACCAGUCACUGGUUUCUCAGUCCUCGGCACCGACCGCCCUCUACAACGCCACCAGCACUGUGGUUGCCAACGCCCCCGAGUCGUCGGUUAGUCCGAACAGGGCACCUCGACCCAGGAGGGUAACAUCAGCACCCCCUGGGGGCUCGCUGGCAUCACCUGGGCGCUCGCACGUACCGACCAAGGCUACUCGAUCUGGCAAGCUUGACGCUCAAUCACCCAAGGCCGUUGCUGGCGCCAGCUACACAAUGUGCUCCAAGUCGAGGCAGCUUCUGGCUCACUGUGCAUCCGGAUCGCCCACCCCUGAAGAGGAACAACAUGCCGCGCCGCAGGCCACUGCUGCAGGCAACGCCACUUUGGCGACCAUGUUGUUCUCGACCCUGCCGACGCGGCGCAACGUCGCUGGGGAAGAUGUGAAGCUCAACGCAUUCUUCUUCCAGCUUGCCGUGUUCGGUCUUGUCUCUUUCAUCUGUGCCUCUGCCCUGCAAGCACACCUGGCAAAUCAAGUCAACCUCGUCAACAUACUUGCCAUCACAAGCAUCUCACUGGCCCGGCUAGCACCUCGGUGCUCCGGGCCGUCGAGCGCGACAUGCGUCGCCUCGAAAACCUUGCCACCGCCGACGCCGUCUGGCAUCCUCAACACCGUCAAGUUGAAGAUCCAAUCGGUCGUCACGGGCCUCGGGGAUCUCCGGUCCUCCGCGUCCCGGCGGGCGAUAAGCUCCAUGCCUCGCCCGCCAACGGUGCGACUGCUAAGGCUAUAAAGCCCUGGUGGUCCGGCAAGUGUUCUGAUAUGUUUGUGAUUGCUUCUGUUUGUUGCUAGCGAGUGCAUUUUGACUAUGAUACCCCGGGUCGGAUAUGAGACAUGUGGUCGUCCUCUUCUCUUCUUUUGGAUAUGCUAUGUUCAGGGCUUGCUCCGUGCCCAGCGGAGAAGCUUGGUUUGUGGUAUGAGUUUGAGGGGAGGACGACUGAGUGGGCUGUGAGGUCUGACUCGAGGGACGAUGCUCUGUUUUCCUGCCCUUGUUUCCGCGCAGGUAGUGCUCGCUCUUCGGGCUUGACAAUUGAAGGUCCUCGCAGACCAUUGAAAACUU